CAAGAACGCACUUACCUUAGAUGAUUGAUUGGUGUGACAGAUCAGCCGGUGAAGCGCUAUCAGUUUCCCAGUGAAGGCAGGCGCAUAGUACCGGCCUCGGUACCUGGUACGGCUGGUAGUAGUGGUCUAAGCGUGUCGCCCCAGCCGAAGCUACACCUAAACAGCCCCCAAUUCAGUCAUACUGACGGAAGUCACUACUACUCCUAAUUCAUGCGGCGACAGUCCCCAGAAGUCGUAAACCUAAACUCAACAUCAUUAUCCGACGGACUACGACGACGAUACCGAAUUCGAGCUCCCAUUUGCUGUUUUCGCUUUCUAUUUCGGAGCUGGGGUUUGCAUUACUACUGGCACAGUAGGAAGCAAAGUAGGAAGUGGGAAAUAGGAACAGAACCAUGGCAGUGGGACUUUCCAACGGCCGCCAUGCCGCCGACGAGGAAGCUCGUGCUGAGGUCGACGUGCUUAACUCGCGACUAGAGAAAACCACUCAAUUGACCAAGAAGAUCCAAGCAUGCCUAGGAAGAUUAGAAGCUACUGGGAAGAGCGUUCGCGAUGUAUCAGGUCCCCUUACUGGCGAGACUAAGAGACUGCAGGUCUUAGGGAAUAACAUCGAAGCAGUCGUCGCAGCUAUAGAGCGACUUCGCCAGCCCGCUGAUUCGAAGAACGAUGAGGAAGCCAUCAUCCGCCAGGGCCCCGAAAAGGCCGGGUUAUCCAACUACCUAAACUCGAUCAAGAGGUUGAAUAAGGCACUAGAAAACAUGAGGAGCUCGAAUCUCCGUGCGAAUCAACAGACAAUGGCCGAUCUCCAACGUUUGAUCAAAUCCGGCAAUACCCAACUGGAAAAUUCGUUCGACAAGAUGCUGCGGGGGGAGACGCCGCGCUCGAUUGAGCCGCUGCAGUACACGACUAAAAAUACACCAUUCCCCCUCUUGUCCCAAGACAAGAUCUCGCGCUUAAGUCUUAUGAAUUCUUACGUAUCCGGUAACUCAUUGUCCGAAAACCCACUAAUAAAAAUCUAUGCCGAUGUGAGGGCGCAAUAUCUAUCACAAACUCUCAUAAACCUUGCAUAUGCGAGCGUCAACACCGCCAAGAAGAAGAGUCCCGAUGCUAUCUACCGGGCCGGCACCAAUGGGAUUGGUAUGUACGCCCAAGCGAUGGAAGGCUUAUUUGUUGCCGAAUACGACAACAUCUGCAACAUUUUUAUGCGACAGGACUGGGGGCCGGCUUUUCAAAUGACCUGUCAGGCCCCGCUGGCUGAAUUGGCGAGAACAAUCCGAGAACUAAACAAUCACAUCAAGGCCCAUCUCAACACAGACUGUUACCUCGCAUACGAGGUCAUUGAGAUUAUGUCCAAUCUGUCCAACAAUAUCGAGGAACGCACGGGCGAACUCAAAGCUACCUUGGCCGCGGCAUUGAAACCGGUGCGUGAGACGGGCAAGUCUUCACUUGCCGAGCUGCUCGAGGACACCAAGCGAAAGGUGGGGGUAAUGCAAGCUCUACCAGCCGAUGGCUCGCCGGUCCCUGUGAUCUCUGAGACGAUGCAACGCUUGCAAACCAUGGUUGACUUCCUCAGGCCAAUAUCCAGCAUUAUGAUAUCACUAGGCGACGGUGGGUGGAAGUCGGGCGCAGCGGCGAAUACUAGCAUGGACGGGAUACCUAGUUUGGCAUCGUUCGACAUCGGCGCUGACGGGAAGGAGAUCUUCGCGCAUUAUUGCACCGAUACGAUAGAUGUGUUGAUGUCGGCGCUCGAGCAGAAGGCGAGGGUGUUACUGAAAGGGAAGUCGGUCUGGGGUGUCUUUUUGGCCAACAGCGUAACCAUCGUCGAACGUAUGGUGCGGGAUUCCGAUCUAAAGCCGCUCUUAGAGGGUAGGCUCAGCAAUUUGGAAGUUUGGCGCAAAAAGGCGAAGUCCUACUACUCUGACGCGUCUAGGGAUGUAUCAAUGCAUCUUUUAGACACGAUCCACACAAAUCGGUCCCAGCGGCCCGCUUCGGGUUCAUCCGAAUCCACGUCGAUCCUGAAAGGACUGAGCAGCAAGGACAAGGACAAUAUCAAGUCCAAGUUCCAACUUUUCAAUGCAUCUUUUGAUGAACUAGUGGCUCGGCAUAAGACGUUCAGUAUGGAAAAAGAAGUGAGGCAGAUGUUCGCGAAGGACGUGCAGCAGAUGCUAGAACCUCUUUACAAUCGCUUCUGGGACCGUUACCACGAGAUAGACAAAGGCAAGGGCAAGUACGCCAAGUACGACAAGUCUUCGAUCGCCGCCGUCUUCCUCAGCCUCUACUAAAGAGGUACCUAAAGUGGUACCGAGACAUCUGCCGACGACUGCGACUGUUAGAACCCUAAAUCAUUUGAGCGUCGCGAAAAUUUCCCAGACGAAUCCUGCGAAAGCCUCGUAUGUGGCGAUCAUC